AUGCUGCUGUCCUGGCCUUGCCACCACUGAAGCACCCAGGGGUCCCGGAAGAGCCGACCCGAGCCAUGAGUCCUCUGAGGCUGCGAGCAUCACUCUUGCUGCUGCUGCUGCUGCUGCUGGGUGGCUGCCUCCUCGCCGCCGCCCGGAGGGACCCGGGGGCGGCAGGCAGCGCCCCAGAGGCAGCCCGGGGUGCCGUGGGCGGCUCCACCGGCCGCUUCAUCAGCCCCGAGCGCCACGCGUGCAGCUGGCAGCUCCUGCUGUCCGCUCCAGGGCCGGCGGCGGGCAGCGAGCUGUGGCUGCGCUGCCAGGGCCCGGACGGCGAGCGCCGCCGGUGCGCCUACCGCGGGGAGCCCGGGCGCUGCGCCGCCUACGCCGCCCGCGGCGCGCGCUACUGGAAGCAAGUGCUGGGCCGGCUGCGCAGGAAGCGGCGGCCCUGCCAGGACCCCGCGCCGCUCCGAGCCCGCCUGUGCGCCGGGAGGAAGGGCCAGGGCGCCGAGCUGCGCCUGGUGUCCCACGCGCCCCCACCCGCCCGCCCCACUGCGGCCGGCUUCCCCCCGGAUCCCAAACCCCGGGCCAGGAACCGGGGGCGGACCCGGGAGCCCGCGAUCGGCCCCGCCGCCACCGUCCCGCCUCCCCUGCGCGCGCGCCCCGAAGGGAAGCCCUCGGAGAAGAAGACGAAAGGGGGCAAGAGGAAGGCGGCCUCGGACCCAGACGAGGAGCGACCCCUGGGGACAGGGCCGGAUCCCGACGGGCUGGACGGGAACGCGAAGUUCGCGGAGACCUACUGUGCCGAGAAGUGGCACUCCCUCUGCAACUUCUUUGUUAGCUUUUGGAACGGCUGAGGGUGCCGGCCUGGGAAGAGAUAUGGGGGUUUGGGGGUCGGGGGAGAGGGCGCUCAGCUGGAGAAGGAGGCGAAGGGCAGGCACCUUAGGUCCGGAGGUACGGGAUAGAGAGUGGGGAGGAGUCCAGGUUCUAGAAUGGAGGUGGGGGUGGGGGCUUGGGCUGAGAGUGUAAUGUAAGGGGAUAUGGACAAUCUCUGAGACAGCAGAGAAGUUUAACCAAUUUGAAGAGUCUCCACCCUGAUUAAGACCAGAAGAAAUAGUGGAAACAGAAGUAGGCAUACCUUAAAUGUGUAAAAACUGUAGACUUGGGGGAGAGAUAUGGGUACAGAGAGACUGAAAAAAAUAAUAAGGGGGGAAAGUGACUAAAGUGAUGUGAUUCUCACGUGGGAAGCUGAUACAAUGUGUACUGUUUAGCGCACAUAUUAAAAUGUAAUCACGAACAACUGAUAGCUUGAGCCAAGUGGACCUGUAUAAUGUCUUCUCACCUAAUCAGCCGACAGGGUUUCCAACUUUUUUCUCUUUCCGAAUUAAUAGUAACUUGGACGCUGCUUGGUAAUAUAGAUGACUUCUACAGGGAUAGAAGCCAUUCACUGGUCAAAAUGGACUCGAAUGAAUGAUUUUAGAAGUGCUACUUUUAAAUAGUGAUGCCUCAUGUUCUGAAACUUUCCCAUUAACCUUCUAAAUUCAGAAGUGAAUUGUAGAAAUUGAGGGCUCCAGUAGGUUUUAAAAAAUAAUAUUUUAUAGUUGACUAUAUUUUUAAAAACCAGCUAAAAUGUAAGUAUGUAUCUCAGAGUCUUUUGGAUCAUUGUGGAAGCUGUAUUUCUGUUUCAUGUAAUUAAUUGUUAACAUAUUUCAUCUUAAAUAAGAUGU